UAUACAUACACACACGCACGUACGUUCUUGUGGUUAUUUUUUAAUGUGUGUUUGUUGCGCGUUAUUUUAUUUUUUACCGGAUAUUUAGCGCCGUUUUUUACGCCCGCCGUUCUCGCUUGCGAAUGGAGUGUAAAGGAAACACGCCGAUUGGAGAGCAAGUGCGUGGGAUUUAAUAUUCGCAAAGUUGCUGCCCAAAAAUCAAAACAAUGCAAAAAUUUAACUGGCAGAUUGAGGCGAUGCCGACAACUCGUUAAAAAGGCGCUCAAAUAAAAGUGCUUAUGGUGUUUUAACCCACUAAUUAACAUCGUAAGAGGAGCUAAGUGCACUACGAUUAAAUGGCCCCAAAAAAUAGAGGGUUAAGAUUUGUGCGAAAAGCAAAAUAAGGAGCGGAAAAAAACUCGCACACACGUACAUACGUUGUAUGUGAGUUGCGUGUGUGUGAGCUGCGUGCUGCAUGGGUGUGUGUAUAAUCAUGUGAAAAAUCGAUUGGCAGCGCAGCAGCAGCGCGGCGGCGGCGCCAAUUGUCACUAACUCAAAAGAAGAAGCACGCUUUUUCAAAAAAUUUAAAGUAAUCGCUAAAGAAAUCCCAAAAAAAGUAAGAACAACCAAUAGCAAAAAAGAAAAAGAAUGAUUGAGGACUUCAAUAACAGUUAGCGAAGCGAUCGCCGCAGAACGAGAGAGAGGGAGAGAGCGAGAGUGACGGCGCCAGCACACACAUAUUCUUUAUAUAACUAGUGGGAAAUAGCAAAAUAAACACAAAGAGGAAAAGCCAAGGAGGGAGCGAGAGAGAGAGUGCGAUCGCGCGGCCCCUAGAUGUUAUCGAAGCUAUCGGAAGGAAGGCUGCGCUCAUCCUUUCGAUAACCAAUUGAUCCUCACACUUCCCAAGCCCGAUAGACACGACAAUUUCGAUUGUUGUUCGCCCCCCGGCUUUUUGACCAAGAAUGGAACCAGAUCCCAAUGGGAUAAAAAUAGAGCCCUCACUUGAUCAGCAGCAGUACGCCACCCAUGUGCUGGCCAUCAAUGGCUCCAAUGCCCGCCUGCUCAUCGAGCAUCCCUCAGCUUUGUUGGUACCUUUGUCCUCGCAUCACCAGUUGCAAUUGCAGCAGCAGCAACACCAGCAGCAGCAGCAUCAACAGCAGCAACAUCAACAGCAGCAGCAGCAACAGCAACAACAGCAGUUCCAGCAGCAGCAACAUCUUCACCAGCAGCAACAGGAUCAACUGCAGUUCCAGCAACAGCACCUCCAGCUUUAUGCACACACCCCACUGAAACAGCAGCAGUUGCAGCAGCAGCAGCAGCAAACGCAACAGCAGCAACAGCCCCCCACUCCGUUGGGACCCACGAGCAGUGCCAGUUCCGCUUCCAUAACUGGUGCCUCUGCCACUGGCCACCAGCAGAGGUGGAACGAGAGUCCCGAGGCACGCCAGCGUCGUCUGGCCAGAAAUGCUGAAAGGAUGCGGGAACGCCGCCAGCGGGAGAGCGAGGACGAGUAUCGCAAGCGGUUGCUCCGGAACGCCGAGGCGAAUCGCCAGAGGCGCCAGAACGAAUCCGACAUAGAAAGGGCCAUGCGGUUGGUGAGGAACGCGGCCAGGCAAAGGCUACGGCGGGCCAUGGAGUCACCGGAUCAGAGGGCCAAGCGUUUGGCCAAACUGGCCGAAAGGAUGCGCAUGUAUCGGGCCAGCGAGACGAACGAUCAGCGAAAGGUCCGCCUGGCCGAGAUGGCGGCCAGGGCGCGGCAGAGGAUCGCCAAUGAGUCACCGGAGGAGCGCAAGGAAAGACUGAGAAAACUGAACGACUAUGCCAAAAAGGUCAGAGAAAAGAAGAAGAUAUUGAAGCAUGUUGUGGUGCACGGUGGUUCGUCGUCGGUGGUCGUCUCAACGCCGACAUCCUCCUUGUCGUCAACGGACCAGCAGCACCACCACCAGCAACAACAGCAGCAGCAGCAGCAACAGCAGCAACAACAGCAGCAGCAGCAACAACAGCAGCAGCAGGUGCUCGCUGUUGCAGCAGCCGCAGCAGCGGCGGCAGCCAAUUGUACUAACGAACACACUAUCAAUCUAAACCAGGCGGCCACCACAGCGACGACGACGACGACGACAACAGAUGAGGCAGGAACCCCGCAACCCACUGAGGAUCAGCAGCAUCUAGUGACAGCAGCCGCCUAUCAGCAGCAUCAGGCUUUAACUGGAGUGGAGUACAUGGGGCAGGGCAUGUUUCUGGCGCCCGGCUCGCUGCGUCCACCCAUGCAGCUGAAGCAGGAACCACAGACCCCGCAGCAGCAGCAGAUCACCCAGCAGCAGCUCCAGCAGCAGCAGCAACAUCAGCGGUACACCAUCACAGGGCAGCAGCAGCAACAGGUCACAGCUGCCCUGCUCGAGGGAACCGAAUCGGGCAGCAUCUUUGUGCAGCAGAUCUAUGGCGAUGAUGGUGGCAAGGGCACCACCAAGCUGCUCCAAGCACAUGUGCCCCAUUUCAGCAUCGCCGGUGGUCAACUAGAGCUUUACCCGCACAAAUAUGCCGCCAAGAAGCAGGAACUUCAGUCGGACAACGAUGCUCCGGGAUCAGCGGGCGGCAAUGAUAACAGCGGGUCUGUUAGUCUGGGCCACAACGAGACCAAGGUGAUCGUCACGACCGCCAGCGGGGAGCAGAAGCUGCUGAAGGCGACGCCGGGCCAGGCGCAGCAGCUGUACAACCAGUUCCCCUACCUGACCACCUUCCCCAACACCACGAGCGGCGGCAAUGGUGCCACCAACGUUGGACAGGUGGGCGUGGUGACGACGGGGACGACAACAGGUGCAGGUGGCACCACCACCACCGCCUACUACCCGAUGUACCACAAUGGCUUCCAGAUCGGCAUCGGACCGAAUCCCGUGCCGCCGCCCUUCACACCGGUUCACUUUGCGAACGCAAGUGGCGGCAACAGUCCAACCGGCGGCCAGUACAACAUACUAGCGGCGAAUCCGACGCUAACGGUGACUGGAUUGGGACAGCAGCAGGAGCAGCAGCAACAGCAGCAGCAGCCGCCGGCGACGCCACAGAUUGUGACCACCACCGUGGGCAGGGGCAGGCCGCGAAAGAAUCCGCUGGCCAACGAGGAGCAGCUAAAGGUCAACAGCCUGCUGGAGCAGGAGCUCAACCAGAUGCUGUCCGCCCCGCAGCUGGCCACUAGUACUCCGCGGCGCGGCAGGCCACUGUCGCAGACAUCGCAGCAGCAUCAGGAGCUCAGCCAGAUUCAUGUACAUUCCACAGCCGAUGGCGAUAGUCGGACGCCAGUGACGACGCCGCGACGCAGCGGUGCGAACAAAUACGAGACGGAGGAGGAGAAGCGGCUGCGGCUGGACAAGAUGGCCGCCCACCAGCGGGCGGUGCGGGCCAAUGAAACGCCCGAGCAGCGGGCCACGCGCCUCCAGAAGCUGAGCGAGCGGGCGCGACUGAAGCGGGCGCAGGUCCGGGCCACCGAGAAUACGGACGAGCGGAAGGAGCGGUUGUCCAAGCAGGCGGAGUAUGCGCGAAUGCGACGCAUGCGCAGCCACACGCCGCGCAGCAGCAGUGCCACCAGCACCGAGUUCCGGGCCAAAACCGAGGAGGAGGACGAUGAGGAGGAAGAGGACACCAGCGCCGAGCAGCAGUUGUACGAAAGUGAAGCGGUUUCGGUCACGGGCACGGGCAGCGAUGGUGGUUUUGUGACCGUCGUCAAGGCCGACGAAGAUGACUCACCACUGGACCACGGCGGUGUAGGCGAUGGCUCCAACGAUCACGAACAGCUGCCGCCGCUGCAGUUGCAGCAGCACGAGCUGCAACAGAUUGCCGGCAGCCUGCAGCAGCAGCAGCUGGUGCAGCAUCCGCAUCACGAGGCGAUUGUGUUGAACCAGCAGCACCGCCUGGUGACCAUCAGUCAGCACCAGCAGCAGCAGAUCCACCAGCAGCAGCAGCACCAAGCGCAUCCCGGCUUCAGCAAACUGCAGGUGGUUAAGGAUUACGCCAGUGCAGCAGGUGGCGGCGGCGGCGGAGGAGGAGUCGCUGGAGGAGCUCCUGGUUCUGGCGGCGGCAAUGGAACAGGAGCACCCGAGAACAAUGACAUGCUAAAGAUACUCGAGCCAAUCAUCGUGAUGAAGACCAAAUGAGGAUCGCGGAGGCGUCACAGUCGCAGCGCGAAUCGCUAGAGGGGAUGUGGAUAGCCAGGCCCCCAAUCCCGCCAAGAAACCAAGAGCAUCAGGCGUUGGACGCACAAAAGGAUGAGUGAUCUGCGAGGAGUAGGGAUUGUCUAUAGUUAUGAAUAAGAGUUUUUUUUAAAUAUGUUUUUUAAUAUGUGAGUCGAUGUAUUUGACAGAGAGAUAUUGUAAAAAGUGAGAGUGAGCGGAGAUCAAGGAUCAAGUGCAAUAACAUAAACGGAUGCCUGGCAGCCACGAAAGCCCACUGAGAAAAAAAUAACACUGUGACGCCCCGAAAACCACUUAAAAUCGAGAAAAUGCAGCUAAAAACUACGAGCGAGGGACGAGAUCAACUAAACCUAAUCCAGAAUAUGUAGCGCGUAAACAGAGCACUAAGUAGUUGUAUGUAUUAACUAAUAAUUUUUUAAAUUAGCAAAAAAAAAGCGAAAAUAACAAAUAAAUCUAAUAAG